AUUCAUUAUCACAUUUAUCUUUGACCCAAAAUUUGCACUUAUAUUUCAUAGGUCAGCUCCCAACUCUUUGCUGCACUUAGGCUUCUAACUUGGUGCAUUGACUCACCAUCUUUGCUUUGAAUAACAAUGGAAGAUAAACUAGCAACAACUAGUGAAGGACAACCCAUAAGAUGUAAAGCUGCGAUUUGUCGCAAGCCAGGUUCUCCAUUGAGUAUUGAGGAGAUCAUUGUGGCACCACCAAUGCCUCAUGAAGCUCGGAUUCGUGUUAUAUGCACUUCUCUUUGUCACAGCGAUGUUACUUUUUGGAAAAUGGAGGUCCCUCCUGCAAUUUGUCCAAGAAUUUUGGGUCAUGAGGCUGUUGGGUGAGUGAGUGUAUGCCUUUCACUCUUUUUAGUUUUAUAAUUUUAUUUACUGGAUCAUAUUAUUCAUUCCUAAGGAAAAAGAAAUCCACUGUUUAUUAAUACCCUGUUUGUAUUGUAUCUUUCUGUAUCAACAUAAACUUUUGUGCUUUAAUAUAUAUAUGUUUGGUCAAACU